AUGUCCUUCCCCAACGGUGACUUCCCUCUUUUCGAACACGAAUGGCAAUGGCGGUCUUCCGACCCCAAAGCUUACGACUCUAUCGAACUCGCUACCAACCAAGCCAGAGCUUAUCGAAAACCGAGCAGACGCUACAUCAAUGCCAUCGCCAGACCUUUGGCUUCGAACAACAAUUUAUUCGAUGCCAACAACAGCUUUUCUAAGACUUGGGACGACUAUCAUAAUCCUGCCAACGGCGUCCUCUCUAUUCCUCUACUUGGCCGAAUUUAUAGACAACAACAACCCGACCUCUACCCACCCUCACUUCCUCUUGAUUUAAACAUCCCCUCCAAAAUAUCCACCUAUCGAUGGCACUUUCAAAUCGAACCCUUGUCCGUCCAUCCAUUCUCUCCUUACGACUGGGACACCAAGUCCCUAGUCGAAGAAACCAAAUCCGAAAUCACUCAACUCGCGGCCUCCACAUCCAACGCUUUCGUCUGCGUUCCUACCGAUACAGUUCUCAUAAACAGUGGUGUCGACAAACGCUACAAGAUUGAAAGCGACCGACUGUUCCUAUUUGAUGGACAAAACAACCCUAAUAUCGUUCAUCCUCCCAUCUUCGACUGCGCAGACAACCACAUUCAAUUUAACGAUAUCGACCGCAUGCUUCGACACAGCGCACUUGUCUGCGCACAAGUCGUCCCUAUGGUGUACGCCAUGCUCCGAUCACUGUUCCUUAUUUCCUAA